AUAAAUAUGAGAGAGAAGCCAGUAAAUAUUGGAAUGAAUUUUACAGGACUCAUAAAAAUAACUUUUUCAAGGAUCGCAAUUGGCUGUUUCUGGAGUUUCCAGAAAUUCUUCCAGAAGAUAAGAGAGAAGAGUUGAAAACAGAAGAGAGUUCUUCAGCACACACAAAUAUAAAUAGUACCAACAAUUUCUCACACAAAAAUGAAAUGUUUGAGGAAGGAGAAGAAUAUUGGAAGAAAAAUUAUGAAGGUGGUUCUACUUCUGUACAAGGAUAUAUAUGUAAUAAAAAACAAGCAAAAUCUCUUGCUGACAAUCCUCAGGGUAAAAACUGUGGAGAAGAACUUGGCAGACUAGAAUCCUUCCCUGGUAGUGAUGCCACUUACAGAAUAUUAGAGGUUGGUUGUGGUGCUGGAAACAGUGUCUUUCCUAUUUUGAAAGUUCUAUGCAAUACACCUGGAACCUUUCUAUACUGUUGUGAUUUUGCUUCAGGAGCAGUGGAGCUGGUAAAGUCACAUUCGUCCUACAAUUCAGCCUGGUGUUCUGCCUUUGUUCAUGAUGUGUGUGAUGAUGCUUUACCCUAUCCUUUUCCAGAUGAGAUCCUGGAUGUCAUUCUCCUUGUCUUUGUGCUCUCUACUAUUCAUCCUGACAGGAUGCAAGGGGUUGUAAAUAGGUUGGCUAAACUACUGAAACCUGGAGGAAUGUUGUUAUUUCGAGACUAUGGAAGAUAUGAUACAGCUCAACUUCGUUUUAAAAAAGGUCAUUGCUUGUCAGAGAAUUUUUAUGUACGAGGAGAUGGAACCAGGGUAUAUUUCUUUACCAAAGAUGAGGUAUGGAACAUAUUCAACUUAGCUGGAUUAACUGAAGUUCAGAAUCUAGUUGAUCGGCGAUUACAAGUAAACAGGAAGAAAAAAGUGAAAAUGCAGCGAGUUUGGAUACAAAGCAAGUUCCAAAAACCAUUGCUGCUAUCUCUGAAUAAUCCUGAAGAAACCUCCAAAAGGCACCCUUAUAGAUAA